CUGAUACCAUAAAAAUUAGUUAAAAAGGUCAACAAAAGUAUAGAGUUUCUUCUCAAGUGUCUCUCCCUUGUCUUGGGAUUCAUCACGAUCUUUCCUACGCUCUUCUAGGAUGUUUGUAAGUUCAAUUGUUACUGCGUAUAUGUCAGCUUUUUCCUCUUCAGAAAGUGACUCUAUUGUAAAUUUAAACCUUUUUAUUUUAGACAUGUCCGAGUAGAAAUCUAUCAGGUAGUUUCAGUUUUCCCGAAUCCACUUUUUCGAUGCUUGUCAGAAAGCCUUAGAGAUCAGUAGUAUAGAGCUUCAUUCGAUGGAAUCUGAGAAGAUCGAUGGGAAGAAGAGGGCUUGAUUUUUAAUCAAUAUUCUCUUUGAGGUUCCAAAUCUUUUUAAACUUCUCACAUCCUUUUCAGCUGUAAUGAUUUUGUAGGUAUUUCAAGGUCCAGCUUGACUCCCUUCUUUUCUUUCAUGAAGCCAGAUGCUUUUUCUGAGAAGGAGACUAUAGAGUCUCCAAUGAAGGGACUAUUAAUGUUAAAACGAGUUUUUGAAUUAGAUUUACUAGUAGAAGGAGCAUUUCAUGCUUCAUGGUUAUCAUCUGAGUAGAAAUUAUCGUCUACCUCAAUUUUAGCAAUAUCUACUAAUGUCAUUGAAGAUUAUUGUUUUUCUUCUUCCUUCGAUUUCUAGCUUGAUCAACUAUAUUAUGUACAAUAAAAAAAUGUGUGUGAAUUUUUCAUAAAGAUCUAUUAUUUCUACCCUUCUGGUGGAACUUUUCUAGUUUUAAUUUGAAGAUGUUAAAAAUCUUACCUAAAAAUUUUGUUUAGCAUUUUAAAUCCAAUUUGUGAUUCUUAUUGCAAUCUCUGAUUCCAUUAUCAAUUUCAAUAACUUCGCUUUCAUUAAAGGAAAAAUUUAUCCUGGCUUGUUGUCAAUGACUUAUUAGACUUUAAAUUCUUGUAUGAAAGAGAUAUAUGCAAGUACCUUACGCUCUUCAUAGUCUGUGCUUGGUAAUUCCAGUCUUAGUCCUUCCUCACCAGAUUGGACACUUUUGCCCUCCUGUUGUUACGUCUUCUGGUUCUCAUAAUUUUGAUCUAUUCGAGUUUCCUUUUUGGAAUUUCUGCUAUUAUGAAUUUUUAGUUCUUCUUCAAAUUUUGUAAUUUCUUCUCCAUCAAUUUCUAAAAAUUCAUCCAUCUUUUCCCAAUCUUCACUCUUGAUUAAGUUAAAAUUUUCUAUAGGAAGAAAUUGUAAUUUGGAAUCUUCUCCAGUGGCAGCUGGGAUUUCUUCAGGAGUUGUAGUAUUUUUAUUUUCUAGGUUUGCUUCAGAAGUUUUUGGAAGGUUCUGAGCAACUUUCUGGCCAAGAUUGGUUUCUUGACUCUCUAUAAUACAGUUGUUGUCAGGUGUGUUACUUUUGAGUGUUUCAUUUUGUCAGAGUUUAUCACCUGCUUCUAUUUUUACAUUGGAUAAUUUUUCUUCAAUGUAAUGGAGAUAUUCGUGGGCGUUCUUGCUAUGUGGAUCGAUUUGUAAGAGAUUUUCAAAUUGUAAUUCUUCUAGCUUGUAUUGCCUCAGAUAAUAUAGUGUAGUUCCAUACCUGAAUAGCGAAUUCUCAUGUAAGCUGUCUAAUCUUAGAGCUGAGAGAGCAUCUUGCUCUGCAUCAGCAUAGUUCUUACGGUUUAGAUAUCACUGAGAUCUGUCAAUGUAAAGGUCUACUUUAAUCUUUAUAUCUCCUAGAUCAAUCGUUAAUCACUUGGUGUAUCAUUCAAUUGUCUAUUCAAACUCAAUAGAACAGAAGAAACUGUUUCUUAGCUCCUCAUAUUCUCUAUAUUUAUUUGAGAAGUAGGAUUAUUGCUUCCUUUUAUCAUAAUUUUUGAAUUAGGCUUUGCUCCUCCUGUCUUUUUCUGUAAUCGUUCUCUUCUUUUUGCUUGAUCUUUUA